AUGACGCUUACCGCGGAUCCCAUGGAGCUGGACGAACAGGAGAGGCAAUUUUGGGCCCAGGCUGGUCCGGUCAAGAGGGAACAGGAACCGCGAAGGGAUAUGCUGCAACCAGCAGAGCAAUCCAAGAGGCAGCGCCUGGCACCGCAGGAUCGGAACAAGGGCAAGGGCAAGGGUAUCAAGGGCAAAGGCAAGGGAAAGCAGGGCCUACCAAGUCCACCAAGUGCACACCCGGCCAUGGGUUACACAAAUGGUUUCGGAAGCCAUCCACCCAAUCCCUGGACACAGACACAGGACUUGCAGCCACUGGGAAGUCAGGAUCCCGAAUGGAUGGAGUGCAGGAUGAAUCGACUGUCUCAGCUGGUCCUUCGUCAGGAGCAAAUCAUCUCAGCCAUCCGUCAGGAUCUGGUCCUCUACCUCUUUGUACGAUCUGGACCAGAAGGGAUGGUGCCAGUCCUAUGCGAUGCAGCGGAGAAGUGGAGGAAGAUGAAAGAGGAAGAGCCCGAGAAGAUCACUUACUCCCUCAAACUCAUGCUGUUCAAGCAACUGCUCAUCACCUUGCAUCAGACGUUGACCACUAUGAUCGCGGACGAGGAUGCCCUUGCCAAAGCCAAGAACCUGAACUGGAUCGACGAUCAGAAACAUUGGAAACAUCUCACCUGGAAUCCCUCCAAACAGUGUCUGGAAGUAGAUGAGGAAGGCUGUUACGGAGGAGACCCUGGUGAGAUUCAAGUCCAUGCGGAAGCUCACCACGGAGGUGACCUCCGACUGGAUCCAAUUCCAGAUAUGCUUGUCACUUCGUCCAGAGGGUGGAGCCAUGUGGAGCACGCUGAACCAGUGGAUCGGUCAAGCAUCGUGGCACACACUGGGAUGCAGGCUUCGCCGAGACCGACCGAACUACGACACCCUGGUCCAGGAAGUGUGGCAGCAUCAGAUGCCGUACUGAGUGUGCGCCCCAGUCUCAAGGCAGUUCUUCGAUUGAUCCUCCAUAAUCCAUCGAAUUUGUGCUACCUACACUCUACCAUCUAUGCCCUUUUGUGGACAAUCCUUCAGGCCAGGCUACAUGAUGCACACAUCUCGCCUCCACCGCAGGCUCUUACCAUGCUGUGUCCACCAAUCACUGAUUCGUCCAAUUGCCCCAUUCAGGUGCUUCAUUCGGUACCGUGGCUUAUGCUGCUGCAAGCCUGGCCUUCUGUACAUCGUCAGCAUGAUGCUGCUGAGUUGAUACAGUACCUCUUACCCAGGUUCUCGCAUAGUGGGUUCAAUGGUGGCUGGGAGGCCAGAAACUUUGCACCUGGAGGUAUUGUUACUCUUGACACGGGGCCUACCCAAGCUCCAAUUCCGAUUGCGCUACCGGCAGGUCCAAGCUUGGAGCUUCAGGAAGCCAUUGAUGGGUGGAGUGCUCAGGUCACAGCCCGUUAUGCACUGCUGACCCCGUCUUCGCUACUCUGCAUACAACUUCAGCGAUUCACGAAUGCUGAGGGAGACAUGCGCAGGGACACCAGACCAAUGGCUAUGGCCUCGACUACAGUUCGUAUGCCACUCUUUGCAGGGCUGAGCACUAUGCAAGUUCGAUAUGUUCACUAUCAGGUCGUCGCUGUACAGCUUCACUAUGGGGACCUCUUCCAGCACGUGGACGUUCACGGAGAGGGUGCCGUGAGCUGGGAAGACGUGUCCAACUACUUCAUCGAGCAGGGCAUGUCAGGCGCAGGGAGAUGCAGCUUCGACUGA